UAAUCUCUCUCACUUGUGCGUUACGCGUUGGACCUUCGAUUGCUCUUUCUCUUUAUUACUACGACCACAUUAUUAUCCCUCCCUCUCUCUCUUCUUUUUUCUUUAAAGAAAUUAUAAAUAAUUUAUAAAACAAUGCUUUUUGUCUUUGUCGAUCCCUUCUUCAACCACCGGUUGGGCAUUUGAUUCUCUGAUCCACACAGUGAUGCCCACAGCUCACAAACACUAAGAUAAAAUUACUAAAAGGGGGGAGAGACCCUUUAUCUCUUAACUGGGGUUUCUCUCAAGGAAAGAAUCAAGAGAGAGAAAGAAACCAAACCAAUUAACCUCUCUCUCUCUCUCUCUCUCAAAAGUAAAACCCACAUUUCCCCUUCACUGAAUUUUAGAAUAGUGUCGUCUCCGCAGACUGUUAAUCCGUGGAAUUUUUUUCAGUUGAAUUGUUUCCGCAUUUUUGAGUUGAUAGUUUAUUGCCAAGGAUUUUAAUGUUGAAGAGAGGGAAGAAAAAGUAACAGUGGAAACCCCGUGCAUUUCUUCCUUUAACGUGUGCAAUGGGCGUUGCGCGAGGAACUCUCUCUCUUCGUUCUCUCUCUUGAUAUUGAUUUUGAAGCGGUGCGAGUUGAGAUAAGGGGAAUUUUUUGGGGAAAAUUCUUUUAAAUUUGGAUGGAUACUAAAGGGAGGCUUGUUGCUGGCUCACACAACAGGAAUGAGUUUGUGCUCAUCAAUGCUGAUGAGAUUGGAAGAGUGACUUCUGUAAAGGAGUUGAGCGGGCAGAUCUGCCAGAUUUGUGGUGAUGAGAUUGAAGUAACUGUCGAUGGGGAGCCGUUUAUCGCCUGCAACGAAUGUGCAUUCCCCGUGUGUAGACCUUGUUAUGAAUAUGAGAGAAGAGAGGGGAAUCAAGCCUGUCCUCAGUGCAAAACACGAUUCAAGCGCAUCAAAGGGAGUCCUCGAGUUGAUGGAGAUGAAGAUGAGGAUGAAUUCGAUGAUUUGGAUAAUGAGUUCGAGUACAAUGGCUAUCCUCAUCAGGUUGCCGAGGCAGCUCUCUCUGGCCGGCAUCACAUUGGCCGCACUGCUUCUGGAAUCACUAAUUCCUCAGAGUUGGAUGCUUCAGCUGUUAACUCGGAGAUUCCGCUUCUUACUUAUGGUCAAGAGGAUGACGCAAUUUCAGCUGACAAGCACGCGCUUAUUGUCCCGCCUUUUAUGAGCCGUGGGAAACGAGUCCAUCCUGUACCAUAUACUGAUUCCUCCAUGACACUGCCACCACGACCGAUGGAUCCUAAGAAGGACUUGGCAGUCUAUGGUUAUGGCACUGUUGCGUGGAAGGAGAGGAUGGAGGAGUGGAAGAGAAAGCAGAACGAAAAACUUCAAGUGGUUAAGCACCAAGGAGAUAAAGGUGGUUUAGACGGAGAUGAUUUUGACGAUCCUGAUCUUCCCAAGAUGGAUGAAGGCAGGCAACCGCUCUCGAGGAAGCUACCAAUACCUUCAAGCAAGAUAAAUCCUUACAGAAUGGUCAUUCUGCUUCGGAUUGUUAUUCUUGGACUGUUCUUUCACUAUAGAAUUCUUAACCCUGUCAAUGACGCCUACGGGUUGUGGCUAACGUCAAUUAUAUGCGAGAUAUGGUUUGCUGUAUCAUGGAUAUUUGACCAGUUCCCAAAGUGGUCCCCCAUUAAGCGAGAGACGUACCUGGAUAGGCUCUCACUGAGGUAUGAAAAAGAAGGAAAACCCUCUGAGCUAGCUUCUGUGGACAUAUUUGUUAGUACGGUGGACCCAAUGAAGGAACCUCCGCUUAUUACUGCAAACACAGUUCUAUCAAUUCUUGCUGUGGAUUACCCAAUCGACAAGGUUGCGUGCUAUGUCUCUGAUGAUGGUGCUGCUAUGCUUACUUUUGAAGCUCUUUCUGAGACCUCUGAGUUUGCCAGGAAAUGGGUCCCAUUCUGCAAAAAAUUUAAAAUCGAGCCUCGGGCUCCUGAAUGGUACUUUGCUCAAAAGGUUGACUACUUGAGAGACAAAGUAGAACCGACAUUCGUGAGGGAACGUCGUGCAAUGAAGAGAGAAUAUGAAGAGUUCAGAGUUCGAAUAAAUGCGUUGGUUGCCAUGGCACAAAAGGUUCCCGAGGAGGGAUGGACGAUGCAAGAUGGAACUCUGUGGCCCGGAAAUAACGUCAGAGAUCAUCCUGGAAUGAUUCAGGUUUUCUUAGGUCAAAACGGUGUCCGUGAUAUUGAAGGGAACGAGUUGCCUCGCCUUAUUUAUGUUUCUCGUGAGAAGAGGCCUGGAUAUGAUCAUCACAAGAAAGCCGGUGCUAUGAAUUCUUUGAUACGAGUGUCAGCUGUAAUUUCAAAUGCUCCUUACCUACUCAAUGUCGAUUGUGAUCACUACAUAAAUAACAGCAAGGCCCUUAGGGAAGCUAUGUGUUUCAUGAUGGAUCCACAAUCUGGAAAGAAGAUAUGCUAUGUGCAAUUUCCUCAAAGAUUCGAUGGAAUUGAUAGGCAUGAUCGAUAUUCGAAUCGCAACGUUGUCUUUUUUGAUAUAAACAUGAAGGGGCUCGACGGGAUCCAAGGUCCAAUUUAUGUGGGAACUGGAUGUGUCUUUCGGAGACAGGCACUGUACGGAUAUGAUGCCCCCAAGAAGGCGAAACCCCCUGGCAAAACAUGCAAUUGUUUGCCGAAGCUGUGUUGCUGCUGCUUUGGAUCGAAAAGGAAGGGCAAGAAAGGGAAGUCAAAGGAGAGUAAGAAAAAGACUAAAAGCAAGGAACUUUCACCUCAGAUUCAUGCUCUGGAAAAUAUCGAGGAAGGAAUCGAAGGAAUCGACAGCGAAAAAUCAUCCCUCAUGCCCCAGAUCAAGUUUGAGAAGAAAUUCGGGCAAUCACCUGUUUUUAUCGCCUCAACACUUUUAGAAAACGGUGGUGUUCCUCAUGGAGCGUCAUCUGCAUCGCUCUUGAAAGAAGCUAUCCAUGUCAUUAGCUGUGGUUAUGAAGAUAAAACAGAAUGGGGAAAAGAGGUUGGAUGGAUUUAUGGUUCCGUUACGGAGGAUAUCUUGACUGGGUUUAAGAUGCACUGCCACGGCUGGCGAUCAGUAUACUGCAUACCAAAAAGACCCGCAUUCAAGGGGUCGGCUCCAAUCAAUCUUUCGGAUCGUCUGCACCAGGUUCUUCGUUGGGCCUUGGGAUCGGUGGAAAUCCUCUUGAGUAGGCAUUGCCCUAUUUGGUAUGGGUAUGGCUGUGGUCUGAAACCGCUCGAGAGAUUCUCAUACAUCAACUCGGUCGUCUAUCCAUUGACGUCGCUCCCCUUGAUUGCUUAUUGUACCUUGCCGGCUGUUUGCCUUAUAACUGGGAAAUUUAUUGUCCCACAGAUCAGCAACUAUGCCAGUUUAGUUUUCAUGGGCCUCUUUAUAUCCAUCGCCGUAACAAGCAUACUGGAGAUGCAGUGGGGAGGAGUCGGGAUCGAUGACUUGUGGAGAAAUGAGCAGUUUUGGGUGAUCGGUGGUUGCUCAUCGCACUUCUUCGCCUUACUCCAAGGUCUGCUCAAAGUCUUGGCUGGUGUGAACACAAACUUCACCGUCACCUCGAAAGCAGCCGAUGAUGGAGAGUUUUCAGACCUCUACCUUUUCAAGUGGACGUCUCUAUUGAUCCCUCCUCUGACUCUAUUGAUCCUCAACAUCAUCGGAGUCGUGGUCGGGGUCUCGAACGCCAUAAACAACGGGUACGAGUCGUGGGGGCCUCUAUUUGGCCGGCUGUUCUUUGCCAUUUGGGUGAUUGUCCAUCUAUACCCUUUCCUCAAAGGUUUCAUGGGGAAACAAGACCGGGUCCCCACCAUAAUCCUUGUGUGGUCUAUCCUCCUCGCUUCCAUCUUCUCGUUGUUGUGGGUCCGCAUCAACCCAUUCCUGUCAAGAGGUGGAGUCGUUUUGGAAGUUUGUGGCUUGGAUUGUGACUAGACACCGAGUGGCUUUCACUUCAUGCGUAGAAAAAAGGUUGUGUGGGGACGUACAAGACAAGAAAGAUCUCAAGUCUCGGAGUAGAGAUGAUCGACCUCAGUUUAUCCCUCGAAUCAUUUUUGGUAGAAGCAACCGGAAAGGCUACUCUACUCGUCUGUAGAUACAAAAAACAAGGUGCGUCCGCGCUCAUUUUGUUACAUCGUCGUGCAAAGUUUCGUUUAUUCUUUGGAUUAGUUUGUGCUCUGUGUUCCUACAAGAAAACAUGAUUUUGUUUCUCAUAAUUUAUAUUCCCUUCUUAAUAAGGAGGCUUAUACAGUUGAUUUUUUUUUAACCGUUGGAAGGCUCCGAGGAUUGCUAUUUAUCGAACUAAGAUUUCUGGGUUUUUUUAUACCUUGAUAGAUAGAUGUGUAUGUGAUCAAUGAUAUGAACAGAACAAUAUAUUCUUCAUUGAGUUUUUAAUGUUAUUGUUGGAAACAGUUUGCUUCA